AUGCGCCACAAGACUUGCUCGAUGCUGUCUCCCGAACCAAAACUUAUCUCGCCACCGACAAGCUGCAGGUUUUUCCAGCGUGCUGACCGUGGGGCGUCCAAUGCUACAUCUUUCAAAGUAUCUCCUACACUCGCCAGUCUAACAAUCACUCUACAAAAUACGACAACCGUGUUGCCAAUCGCCACUGAAGCUGUGAAGGACUGCAGCAGUCGCAUCGAAGGCUACACGCUCGCUAUUCCCAAGACUGGUGCUCCCGCGGUCCUCUCAGCGAACUCGACUUCAGUUAACAUCGUCAAGGAUUCGCCGGCUUACUCAGUUAUCUCCCUGACAUUCGCCAACGAAUCUCCUGCUGGCCACCUUCGUCUCGCGACUCCCGCAACCGUCAACUUUACCACCAGGCUCAUUACGGCUACUGCAAAGGUUCUACCCGGAAAGUACUUUAGUGCGGGUGGCGACGCCCUUUCAAGACAUGGCAGCAUGCAUACACGUUCAACAUCAGCAGUUCAGAAUUCUCAAGCACAUCUCGUCUUGGGCGGCCAACAACUGCUUUGGGCUAAGCAGUCGAACCCGAGUAACCUCGAUUAA